AAACACAGCCUCCUGCCUCCCGGCCCAGGAUUAGGGGCGCAGCCACCAGGGCCCCCUUCCCCCUCCCCAGCCUCCCUCCAAGGCCCCUUUAAGACAGGGCAGGUCCGCUCCUCUCUGCGUUAACCCCUCACUGCCCAGGUGGCCCCCUGGUGGGCGGAGGCAGUGGGGGCCAGGGGCGGGGAAAGGGCUGCCCCAAAGUCUGGGAGGGAGAGAAGAAGGCAGGGAAGCAGGCAAGGCUGCUUAGUAGAGCCGGCCAGGGGCCCCUGCUGUGCCAGGCGGGCAGUGCCAAAUCCGAGGAGCCCGGAGCUGGGGGGAGGGCUGGGGACAGCCCGGCCCUGCCCCCUGCCCCUCGGGGUGCCUGGGAACUUGUGAGGAAAGUUUGGCAUCAACUGCGUGGUCCCCGAGGAUGGGCAGGGUCCCGCUGGCCUGGUGCUUGGCGCUGUGCUGCUGGGGCUGCGUGGCCCUCAAGGGCACAAAGGCUGAGGUGAACCCUUUUGUGGGGAGCCCAGGGAACAUCACUGGUGCCCGGGGACUCACAGGGGCCCUUCAGUGUGAGCUCCAGGUCCAGGGGGAGCCCCCUGAUGUGACCUGGCUCCAGGAUGGACAGGUCCUGGAGCUGGCAGACACCACCCAGACCCAGGUGCCCCUGGGCGAAGAUGAACAGGAUGAAUGGAAAGUGGUCAGCCAACUCAGAAUCUCGUCCCUGCAGCUCUCGGACGCAGGGCGGUACCAGUGCAUGGUGGUCCUGGAAGGAGAGACCUUUCUAUCCAAGCCUGGCUAUGUGGGGCUGGAGGGCCUGCCCUACUUCCUGGAGGAGCCUGAGGACAGGACUGUGGCUGCCAACAUCCCCUUCAACCUGAGCUGCCGGGCCCAGGGACCCCCAGAGCCCGUGGACAUACUCUGGCUCCGGGAUGCUGCCCCCCUGGCUCCGACCACGGGCCACGGCCCCCAGCACACUCUGCAAAUUCCAGGCCUGAACAAAACAUCCUCCUUCUCCUGUGAAGCCCAUAACGCCAAGGGGGUCACCACAUCCCGCACAGCUGCCAUCACAGUGCUCCCCCAGCAGCCCCGUGACCUCCACCUUGUCUCCAGCCAGCCCACGGAGCUGGAGGUGGCUUGGACCCCAGGCCUGAGUGGCAUCUACCCCCUCACCCACUGUACCCUGCAGGCUGUGCUUUCGGACGAUGGGGUGGGCAUCUGGUUGGGAGAACCAGACCCCCCAGAGGAACCCCUCACCUUGCGAGCCUCCGUGCCCCCCCACCAACUUCGGCUGGGCAGCCUCCAUCCUCACACCUCUUAUCACAUCCGGGUGGCGUGUGCCAGCAGCCAGGGCCCCUCUCCCUGGACCCACUGGCUGUCUGUGGAGACCCCAGAGGGAGUGCCCCUGGGCCCUCCCGAGAACGUUAGUGCCAUGCGGAAUGGGAGCCAGGCCCUCGUGCGUUGGCAAGAGCCGCGGGCGCCCCUGCAGGGCACCCUGUUGGGGUACCGGCUGUUAUAUCGAGGCCAGGACACCCCCGAGGUGCUCAUGGACAUAGGACUAAAGCAAGAGGUGAUCCUGGAGGUGCAGGAGGAAGGGACUGUGCCCAACCUGACGGUGUCCGUGGCAGCCUACACUGCUGCUGGGGAUGGGCCCUGGAGUGUUCCCGUGCCUCUGGAGCCCUGGCACCCAGGGCAAGGACAGCUAAUCCACCAGCUGGUGAGUGAACCCCCAGCCCCUGCCUUCUCAUGGCCCUGGUGGUAUGUACUACUGGGAGCAGUUGUGGCCGCUGCCUGUGUCCUCACCUUGGCCCUAUUCCUCAUCCACCGGCGGAAGAAGGAGACCCGCUAUGGGGAGGUGUUUGAGCCAACAGUGGAGAGGGGCGAACUGGUGGUCAGGUACCGCGUCCGUAAAUCUUACAGUCGCCGGACUACUGAAGCCACUUUGAACAGCCUGGGCAUCAGCGAAGAGCUGAAGGAGAAACUGCGGGAUGUGAUGGUAGACCGGCAUAAGGUGGCCCUGGGGAAGACCCUGGGAGAAGGAGAGUUUGGAGCUGUGAUGGAGGGCCAACUCAACCAGGACGACUCUGUCCUCAAGGUGGCUGUGAAGACGAUGAAGAUUGCCAUCUGCACGAGGUCAGAGCUGGAGGAUUUCCUGAGUGAAGCUGUCUGCAUGAAGGAGUUCGACCACCCCAACGUCAUGAGGCUCAUCGGUGUCUGUUUCCAGGGCUCUGAACGAGAGGGCUUCCCGGCACCUGUGGUCAUCUUGCCUUUCAUGAAACACGGAGACCUCCACAGUUUCCUCCUCUAUUCGCGACUCGGGGACCAGCCAGUGUUCCUGCCCACUCAGAUGCUGGUGAAGUUUAUGGCAGACAUUGCCAGCGGCAUGGAGUAUCUGAGCACCAAAAGAUUCAUACACCGGGACCUGGCUGCCAGGAACUGCAUGCUGAACGAGAACAUGUCCGUGUGUGUGGCGGACUUUGGGCUCUCCAAGAAGAUCUACAACGGCGACUACUACCGCCAGGGACGCAUCGCCAAGAUGCCAGUCAAAUGGAUCGCCAUUGAGAGCCUGGCCGACAGAGUCUACACCAGCAAGAGCGACGUGUGGUCCUUUGGGGUGACGAUGUGGGAGAUUGCCACGCGGGGUCAAACCCCAUACCCAGGCGUGGAGAACAGCGAGAUUUACGACUACCUGCGCCAGGGAAACCGCCUGAAGCAGCCUGUGGACUGUCUGGAUGGACUGUAUGCCCUGAUGUCCCGUUGCUGGGAGUUAAACCCCCGGGACCGGCCGAGUUUUGCAGAACUGCGGGAGGACCUGGAGAACACGCUGAAGGCCCUGCCCCCUGCUCAGGAGCCAGAUGAAAUCCUCUACGUCAACAUGGAUGAGGGUGGGGGUCAUCCUGAACUCCUUGGAGCUGCUGGAGGAGCUGACCCCCCAACCCAGCCUGAUCCUAAGGAUUCCUGCAGCUGUCUCACUGCAGUCGAGGUCCAUCCAGCUGGACGCUAUGUCCUCUGCCCUUCCACAGCCCCCGGUCCCACCCUGCCUGCCGACAGGGGCUCCCCAGCACUCCCAGGGCAGGAGGAUGGAGCCUGAGACAACCUUCCACCCGAGACUCCCUCUCAGGACCCAAGCUAGGCACUGCCACUGGGGGACCCCCUCCCCCGACUCUUUCCCACCCCAGGCCUUUCCUCUGACUGCACCCUCUUCUCCGGCCCACUUCACCUCCAUCCCAGACACAUUCUUCUCCUCUGGGUUUUGGCAUUCCCAUUUGUAAAAGGAAGUCAUUGGGCUGCAGCCCUUAAGGGUCCUCCCAGGUCUAACAUUCCAAGAUUCUGGAUUCUAAGGUCCAAAGAGUCUAGAUUCAAAGGUUCUAGAUUUCAAAGAUGCUACGAGUCUUUGGUUCUAAAGACCUGAAAUUCCAGUCUCCAAUUCUAAAGUUCUGAGGUUCUAGACAUGGAGAUCGGAAGGCCUAAUGUUCUAAGGCUCUGAGAUUCUAUGGCUAUAGAUUUUCUUGUUCUAAGAUUCUUGAUAAGACACCAAGAUUUUAGGUUCUAAAGAGCUGAGACUCAAGUUCUAAGAUCUAAGGCUGUGGUUUAGAUUUUAUUUUUCUAGGAUUCUGAGUUCUUAGAGUAUAAGAUUCUAGAUUCUAUAAUUCUAGACAUGAAGGUUCUAAGGUCUAAUAUUCUAAGACUUGAUGUUCUAAUACUCUUAGAGUCUAGAUCCUCUGGCUGUAAGACUCUAGACCAUAAGUCUUCAAGAUUUUCUACUGUCCAUUUCUAAUAGUCUAAUGGUGGUCCAUUCUAGGUUGUAAGGCUUUAUGAUCCUGGAUUGUCUUGUUAAGAGAUUCUGGAGCCUAAGGGUCUAAGAUUCUAAAAUCUGCAAUUCAGAAGUUUGAAGAGUCUAAACAUGGAGGUUCUAAGAUCUAAUAUUUGAAGAUGUGAUGUUCUAAGAACCUAGAUUCUCUGUGUCUAAGGUUCUAGAUCAUAUGCUUCAAGAUUCUAGAUUAUUAAACUCAAAAGAUUCUAAUGUUGGUCUGUUCUAUUCCAAGGUACUCUAGAUUCUACUGUUCCAGAAUUAUGGAUUCUAAGCAUCUAAAGUUCUAAGAAUCUCACAGUUGUAAGUUUCUAAGAUUCUAGAAUCCAAAGUUCUAAUCAUUUUUAAUGUUGGAUACCUCUAGGUUCUAUGCUACAUUCUGUCUUUCUAGGAUUUUAGUUCUUAAGCAUUCAAGAAGCCAUAUUUCUAGAAUUUUAAGAUUCUAGGCACGGUAGUUCUAAGACACGAAUGUUCUAAAUUUCUAAGAUCCUAUAAAGGUCCACAGGUCUAGACUAUUAGUACAGUUCCAAGGUUCUAAUCUUAGUGUUCUUCUGUGUGCCUGUUCCCUCCUGAACCACCUUUGCUUCCUCCUCCCUACAUGUGGGGGUGUGCCCCCCUCAAGCCUGUGCAAUGCAUUAGGGAUACCUCCUUUCCCCCAGGGGACAAUCUCUCCCCUUUUGGGCCAUGCUGCCCCCCUGAGCCAGUCCCUCAUCCCCUCUGGAUAGAGUGUGGACUCUGGUGCCUCUGGGGCUCAGGUCACAUAAAUCUUUGUAACCACG